AUGAGAUUAGAAAUCAAAGUUUUUGCCAUAACCGCAGCCUUUAUUUUUCUAUUCAUGAGUGUCGAACCAAAUAGAGCUUGUAGACUUUUGAAUAGAGAGUUUGAAGAAACAUGGAUGAAGACUGGAAACCUCCUGUUAUCCUCUCUACAAAAAGGCACUGUUCGGCCACCAGGAAACGGAUGUUGUAACACAGGCGGCUGCGGUAACCCUUGUGUCGGCUCCAGGAAGGUUGUUGGCCAUCUUCAUAGUGGUGGUCCACCACCACCAUCACUGACUCCUUAUCCAACUUCUACUCCAACUUCUACAGAUCAAUGA